AUGCCAGCUAAAGGUAAAUACUUCUUCAAUGAAAAUGAUGACUGCAGGAUAUCAGACCCGCUCUAUGAGAAGUACCGCUACACAAGCCAGCAGCACCCACUCCUGCUAUUGCUGCUCUUCAUUGCAAUCAUCUUCUGGACUACUCUGAUUAUAAUCUUUUUUGUCAUUGAUGAAGCAUCUGAUCAUCUUGCCUUCAUUAUUGCAGUAUGUACUGCUCUUGUCAUAUUUACAGUCAUGUACUUACUUCUAUGUAUUGAAUCCCUGUUUCGGAGAUGGCUAACGUUAUUUGGAGUUAUGAUUUGGAUUUGCUUCUUAAUCGUAGGAUAUGUAUCUCUAUUUGAAAAAGAAAAUGAUUAUCAACUGUGGGAACAGGUGCCAUUCUUUCUAUUCAUAAUCUUCACAGUUUAUACCAUGCUACCUUUUGGGAUGAGAGGUGCUGUCAUCAUUAGUGUUCUUUCUGCUCUCUCUCAUAUUAUUGUUCUAAGCAUUGUGGUAAGCAUCACUUCCCAGGAAAAUAAGGAAUCCAUUCUAUUUCAGCUGCUUGCCAAUGCCGUCAUUUUUCUUUGUGGUAACUUGAUGGGUGCAUUUCACAAACGCCAAAUGCAGGUCGCUUCGUGGGAUUUGUACAGAUACACAUUAAAGUGCAUUCAGGUCCGAAUGAAACUGAAGAUUGAAAAGAGGCAACAAGAAAAUUUGCUUUUAUCCAUACUGCCAGCUCAUAUCUCUAUGGAAAUGAAGCUAGCAAUCAUAGAGCGACUAAAGGAAACCAAUGAUAAUAGGCAAAUGCAUGACAACAACUUCCACAGUCUAUAUGUAAAAAGGCACCAAAAUGUUAGUAUUCUUUAUGCAGAUAUUGUGGGAUUUACUCGCCUUGCCAGUGACUGCUCUCCUAAGGAACUGGUGGUGAUGCUGAAUGAACUUUUUGGAAAGUUUGAUCAGAUUGCAAAGGAGAAUGAAUGCAUGAGAAUAAAAAUCCUGGGAGACUGUUACUACUGUGUCUCAGGCCUACCUGUGUCCUUACCAGUUCACGCCAGGAACUGUGUUAAAAUGGGACUCGACAUGUGUGAAGCAAUAAAGCAGGGGAGAGAAGCCACAGGAGUGGAUAUCAACAUGAGGGUUGGUAUUCAUUCUGGGAAUGUGCUGUGCGGUGUGAUUGGCCUCCGGAAGUGGCAGUAUGACGUCUGGUCGCACGACGUGUCCUUGGCGAACCGCAUGGAGUCCGCCGGCGUACCUGGCCGUGUUCACAUCACUGAAGCAACCUUAAAUCACCUAGGCAAAGCUUAUGAAGUAGAAGAAGGGAACGGACACCUGAGGGAUCCUUACCUUGAAUCCAUGAAUAUCAAAACCUACUUAGUGGUUGAUCCAAGGUCCAAACAAUGUGUAUCAAAUAAUCAUCUCCCUAAAACAAGAGUUAAUGAUGGGCUGAAGAUGCGAGCAUCUGUUCGGAUGACACGUUAUUUAGAGUCCUGGGGAGCAGCCCGGCCCUUUGCCCACCUGAACCACAGGGAAAGUGUGAGCAGUGACUCUUCAAGUUCACAAGGAAGGCGAAGAAAGGAUAUACCUUUGUGUUCCACUGGGCGCCAGAGAACAUCUGAUAGAAAUUCAUCUCAGAAGGGAAGGAUAGAGGAAGAUAUUUAUGAUGAAAUGAUGUCAACCAUUGAGGGCCUCAGUUCAACUAAUCCGUGGUGUGGCAAAUCGGAUGACUUCUGUGGAUUUUCACUGAUUUUUGCAGAACCUGGUCUUGAAAAAGAGUAUCGCACCAUUCCUAUUCUAAAACUGAAGAGUUACUUUGCGUGUGCCAGUUUUGUGUUCCUCUGUAUAUUUCUGAUACAGAUGUUUAUAAUGCCAAAAACUGCAAAACUAGGAAUUUCCUUUGGCAUUGUUGCAGUCAUCAUUGCACUUAUUUUGUUUGUGUGCUUUGCUGAGAAAUGCAUGAAGUGCUGCUCGGAACAGUGGCCUUUCCUGCGCUAUCUCAGUGCUGUCUCAGAAAAGGUGGAAACAAAGCCUUUACUUAGGCUUCCCUUAGCGGUCGUCACGAUAGGUGCCUUGCUGAUUAUAGCCAUUUUUAAUUUGGCUUUUGGAAACACAACUCAAUCCUGCAUUGAGGAAACUAUUCUUCUUUUACAGUAUUAUACUUACUGCUGCAUAUUGGGGUUCAUUGCUUGCUCGGUAUUUCUUCAAAUGAGCUUUGAACUCAAAGUUCUCCUCCUGUCCAUUGCUGUGACUGUAUACCUCAUCAUUUUCAACACUGUUCAGCAGAGAAACUUCAGCUUCUAUGGCAACAGUACCAGGCUUUUCGUCAAAGAGCCGAGGAUCAUGACUAAUUUAUAUCUGGUUCUGUUUUAUGUAACUGUAAUUUUACUUGCAAAACAGAUUGACUAUUACUGUCGACUGGAUUGUCUGUGGAAGAAUAAGUUUAAAAAAGAACAUGAACAGUUUGAAACGAUGGAGAAUGUUAACAGGCUUUUGCUGGAAAAUGUACUUCCAGCACACGUUGCUGCCUAUUUCAUUGGUGAAAAACGAAACGAGGACUGGUACCAUCAAUCUUAUGACUGUGUCUGUGUCAUGUUUGCAUCGGUACCAGAUUUUAAGGUGUUUUAUACUGAAUGUGAUGUCAAUAAAGAAGGCCUGGAAUGCUUGCGACUGUUAAAUGAAAUCAUUGCUGAUUUUGAUGAGCUCUUGUUAAAACCUAAAUUUAGUGGUGUUGAAAAAAUAAAAACCAUUGGAAGCACUUACAUGGCAGCAGCUGGUCUCAGCAUUACACCAGGCCAAGAGAACAACCAGGAUAAGGACAGACAGCACGCUCACAUUGGGAUUAUGGUGGAAUAUGGAAUUGCCCUGAUGAGUAAACUGGAUGGCAUCAACCGACAUUCCUUUAACAAUUUCCGCUUACGUAUUGGGAUAAAUCAUGGCCCUGUGAUUGCUGGUGUGAUCGGUGCCCGGAAACCUCAGUAUGAUAUCUGGGGCAACACUGUUAAUGUUGCUAGCCGAAUGGAGAGCACGGGGGAACUUGGGAAAAUCCAGGUCACAGAAGAAACGAGUAAAAUACUACAGGAGUUGGGAUAUUCAUGUGAAUGUCGGGGACUCAUUAAUGUCAAAGGCAAGGGAGAACUGAGGACUUACUUUGUUUGCACCGAGACUGCCAAAUUCCAAGCUGUGGGACUGAACUGA